AUGGAGGAUUGCCCGGUAGAUAUUGAUAUUGUAGUCGGUCAUCUCGACGCCCCGUUCUACUAUUGGAAUCAGACUACGAUUUACUCGAACGCACCCAACCAUCCAUUUUAUACUCACCCGGAAUAUAACGGUGGCUCCAAUGGCUCGAUCGAUAUGGCGCUGAUCCGCGUGGAGCCCGAUAUAACUUUUGACGAUAGGCUAUCGGUGGGCACCGCAUGCCUGCCGGCCAGCGGUGUAACAAACACUGUGGAUGAGUACGCGCUGAUCACGGGGUGGGGAGUCGUGGACAAUGUGGGUAAUACAGAUGAUAACCGCCACAUGGGUUGGGUAAAGAUAAUAGCGCCCAGUACGUUUAAUUGGACAAUUGACGAGCCAUACAUAUUUGCCGGAACUGUGCCCCCCAUUAAUGGCACAGCCAUCUGUGCGGGCGAUUCCGGGGGACCAUUAGUGCAGUACGUGUCGGGUCGGGCCGUACUGAUCGGUGUGGCGUCGAAAUCAUACACAUUUAGCAAACGUAACGAUACAACCGCCUGGAACUGCGCCUCACAAUACAACAACUCUAUAACGAAGCUAGCGCUAAUCUAUGGAUGUAAUGCGUCUAAGGACAGGUGCCCGAUUGACAUUGAUAUUGUAGUCGGUGCUCUCGACGCCCCAUCGAUCCAAACUACCAUUUACACGAACGCACUCAACCGUCCAUUUGUUACUCACCCAACAUAUAAAGCCGGGCGCCUAUCCAAUGGGUCGAUCGAUAUGGUGCUGAUCCGCGUUCAGCCCGAUAUAACUUUUGACGAUAGGUUAUCGGUGGGCACCGCAUGCCUGCCGGCCAGCGGUGUAACAAACACUGCGGAUGAGUACGCGCUGAUCAGCGGGUGGGGAAGUGUGGACAAUGUGGGUAAAUUUCCUGUUAAUCGCCACAUGGGUUGGGUAAAGAUAAUGGCACCAGGUACGCUUAAUUGGACAACGGACCAAAUAUACCUAUACGCCCAACAUGUGUCCCCCAUUAAUGGCACAGUCGUCUGUCAGGGCGAUUCCGGGGGACCAUUAGUGCAGUACGUGUCGGGUCGGGCCGUACUGAUCGGUGUGGCCUCGAGAUCAAUCAGAUCUGUCAAACAUAACAAUACAAGUGUCCGGUACUGCGCCUCACAAGACGCCGACUCCAUCACAAUUUGGAUGCGAGUGUCCGCUCAAAUCGAUUGGAUUAUUGGUGUUAUCCGUAACGACACAUACGUAUCAAUACAUGGAUAA